UUCAUCUAAAAAUAUAAUAAGAAGAAGAAGUGUAGUUGUAUUCAUCUUUCUCUUUAAUUUUUUUUUUCUCUUUUUAGAAAUUCCUUAACUGAAAAUGGCGCCCACCGCGAAGAAGGAAAAGAAGGAAGUCAAAGACAAAUCCAAAAAUGUUAUGCGUGAACUGCAUAUUAGGAAAUUAUGCUUGAACAUCUGUGUUGGUGAGUCUGGUGACAGAUUGACCAGAGCUGCUAAGGUAUUGGAACAGUUAACUGGACAACAACCUGUCUUUUCCAAAGCAAGAUACACAGUCAGAUCCUUUGGUAUCAGACGUAAUGAAAAAAUUGCUGUACACUGUACAGUAAGGGGCGCCAAAGCUGAAGAAAUAUUAGAACGUGGUCUCAAAGUCAGAGAAUAUGAAUUGAGGAGAGAUAACUUCUCAGCAUCUGGUAACUUUGGUUUUGGUAUCCAAGAACACAUUGAUCUUGGAAUCAAGUAUGACCCAAGUAUAGGAAUCUAUGGUCUUGAUUUCUAUGUUGUGUUGGGUAGACCAGGAUUCAAUGUAGCACACAGGAGGGCAAAGCAGGGAAAAGUUGGAUUCCCUCAUAGGUUGACAAAAGAGGAUGCCAUGAAGUGGUUCCAACAGAAAUAUGAUGGAAUAAUUCUAGCCAGCAAGAAGUAAAGUGUAAAAUGAUUUUAUGCAUUGACCUAAUUCUAAUGCAAUACCCAUUAAAUUUUUGGAAAAAAAUAUGUUCUGUUUAUUCCUUGUGAAAUAAAGAGCAUGGGGCCCCACAUUCCUCAUAUUAAAACAAAUUCAGUACAAGCAAACCUAGAAGUAUACUUGAAAGGUCUGUACAAAAUCAUAGCACUUAUUCCUGAGGUCAAAAUAAGCUGAUCAGUCUGAAGUGGCUCU